UCAAGAACAUCAAAUCCAAAAAACAGAGCAUACUAUAUUUCAUAAAAAUAUUAAAUUUCCAGCAAGAAGACUAAACAUCAGAGCUGAAGACUUGACUUCAACAAACACAACAAGAACUUCAAAAUAACAUAACAAAAUAUAGAAAAUAUGGAGAGAAAAUCACUUCAAACUUCAUUGAUAAAAACAGAGUACUGCAAAGAAAAUUUCUAUUUUUCUUCAUUUUUCCAUGUACACUUUUCUCUCAGCUUUACGACAACAAACUCUUCCUUUAUAAGUAAAAGGAAAAAUCUUACAAAACCAACGACUUCACAUAAUACAAGACAAAUAAGUGAUCAAAUUUCAACACCCUCUUUUUUCUUUAUUACUUGCAAUUAUUUUUUGCUUUCUCAUUAUGUCGACAAGGAGUGGUCCCGAGACUUCAUUCCUUGUAUGCUACUUUGGGCAUUUGAACAGCAACUUCAGCCAAUAAUUACAGGAGGUAAAAAGGCCACGUAUCUUCAUACUUUAAUUGAUUUCCAAUAUCAGCUUUUCUUUGAGCGGCAAGCGUCUGCAAUAAUUUUCAGGUUCAUAAACUUACAGGCAAAAGCUCUAAUGGCUCCUUAUGCUCUACCUUCGUGGCUUCUUUUCUUAGUUCUGUCUCUGUUGCUGGUCUUCAGAUGCAAGAGAAGACGAAAUAAGCAGCUCCCACCAAGCCCUCCUAAGCUUCCAAUUUUAGGCAACCUGCACCAACUUGGUGAAUUGCCUCACCAAACUUAUUGGCAACUCUCCAAGAAAUAUGGCUCUGUCAUGCUUUUCAAACUUGGUCGUAUAUCAACUGUGAUAGUCUCUUCUGCUGAAGCAGCAAAACAGGUCUUAAAAGAUCAUGAUCUUGCCUGUUGCAGCAGACCUCAAUUAGCUGGCGCUGGAAGACUCUCCUACAAUUAUUCAGAUGUGGCCUUCACACCGUACGGUGAUUACUGGAGAAACAUGAAAAAACUAAUUAUUCUUGAGCUCUUUAGCUUGAAGAGGGUGAAGUCUUUUCAGUCCCUAAGGGAAAGAGAAAUUGAAUUGUUCAUCAAUUCAAUCUCUGAGUCAGCAGCUUCAGCAACUCCUGUUAAUCUUACCGAAAAGUUGCUCUCUCUUACUGCAAAUAUCACCUUUAAAAUGUCUUUUGGAAUUGAUUAUCAUGGUACUGACUUUGACAGAAAAAGAUUUCAUGAAGUGGUUCAUGAUUCUGAAGCUGUGGUAGCAGCAUUCUCCAUCGGUGAAUUAAUCCCAUAUGUUGGAUGGAUCGUUGAUUGGAUAAGCGGUCAUCACGCAAGGACUGAAAGAGUUUUCAAUGAGUUGGAUACUUUCUUCCAAUAUGUAAUCAAUGAUCAUCUUAAACCUGAAAGGAAAAAGGAGCAGGAUGACAUGAUUGAUGCGCUGAUAAGAAUGGAGAAGGAACAAGCUGAGCUUGGCAAUUCUAAAUUCACAAAUAAUACCAUUAAGGGAGUCCUUCUGAAUUUAUUUGCAGCUGGUGUGGACACCUCUGCUAUUACUGUGACUUGGGCAAUGGCAGAGCUUGCAAAGAACCCAAGAGUGAUGACGAAAGUGCAAGAUGAAAUAAGAAAUCAUGUUGGAAAGAAAGGUAGAUUGACUGAAGAUGAUAUUGAUAAGCUUGAAUACCUCAAGAUGGUAAUAAAAGAGACUUUCAGAUUGCAUCCUGCAGCCCCACUGCUAGUUCCAAGAGAAACCAUUUCUCACUGUAAUAUAAAUGGUUAUAAUAUUUAUCCUAAAACAAUCAUCCAAGUCAAUGUCUGGGCAAUUGGGCGCGAUCCUCAAUACUGGAAGGACCCAGAAGAGUUCUUCCCAGAAAGAUUCGCUGAUAGAUCCAUUGACUUCAAGGGGCAAAAUUUUGAGUUUUUGCCAUUUGGAGCUGGGAGAAGAAUUUGUCCUGGGAUGCAUAUGGGAACAAUAACAAUAGAGAGUAUACUCGCAAAUCUUCUGUAUUGGUUCGAUUGGAAACUGCCCAACGGGAUGAAGAGCGAAGACAUCAACAUGGAAGAGAAAGCUGGAAUAAGUCUUACUCUCUCUAAAAAGAUACCACUCAGCUUUGUGCCUGUGAAGUACCUUCAGUAGCUUUAACAAGAUAAUAUCAGCUGAAAAGUAUUUAAGAUUUGUAUUUUCUGGCAAAAACAUAGACUCCAGUCAUAGUUUUCUUUGCUUAAGUGCUGCAGUAAAAUAUUUUCCAAAUAAAAUCUGUACAUGUGGUGAGAUGACUGAAUGAUUGGAAUUAGUAGUCAACGGUGUUAAGGAUGGAAAUGCUUUGAACUUCAUUUCAAGUGUUCAGGGUGGCUAUGCCACGGAGUCUGGUUUAUGCUUUCUAUUUCACUGCAGUUGUAUCUGUGAAAUUUCUGCAAGUCUUCUGAAAAAUAAUCUCAAGGGAACAGAGGAUUUCUAGGUUAUACUUAAGAGCUAAA